AUGAGAUAAUCAAGAGGAAGAAAAAUUGACACUUCCAAUUCAGAAUCUGAAAUCUACUAGAAUUUAGGACCUAUUCUAAAUAAACCAGGAAAUGUUCAACCUUAGUAAAAGCCUAAGAAUUAAGGGAAACCGAAAAGCCAAACGUAAAAGAAAUCGCAAACAAAUCUCAAAAAUCAAGAAAAUAAGUUAACUAAAAAAAUGAAAGAAUAUGAGAAAUAGAUCUCAGAACUACGAUAGUAAUUAUAAGAUGAUUAAGCUAAUUAACAAUAUAUUAAUUGCUUCAAUAGUACAAAGGAGCAAUAUGAAAAACUAAUACAAACAUACGAAGAGACUAUUCAUUAACUGAAACAGACAGAAUUGAAUUUAUUAGAGGAAUUGCAAGGACAAAGUGAGAUAGCAAGAGAUGCUUUGAAUAAAUUAUAUCAAUACUAAUAGGAAUACAACACUGAGCAGGAAGAAUUGAGAUAACAUUAUGAAUAAAUGAUGAAAGAAAAAGAGUUAGAAUUAACUUAAAAGUAUGAACUAUAAUUAUAGUAAUUGGAAAAUAUCAAUCAACAAUCUAGAAUUUCAGAACCAAAAAUUGCUUAAGAACUUUCAAAGAAAUUAAAAGAUAUGGCAACUAAAGAAGAAUUGUAUUUGGAAGAAAUAGAGAUUUUGAAAAAUAAAUUAAAUUAAAAAAAGUCUUCUGUUAAAGAGAAAGAGUUAAGAUAAAAAUUAAUUGAUUUAGAAUUAAAGUUGUAAGACUGGGAUGAUAACUUAGAGAGAAGCAAAUCAUUAGAAUAUGAAAACUAAUCUCUUUUAUGUAAAGUAUAACAGUUGGAGAAGCAGAUUUAAAGAAAAGAAGAGAAAGAGAGAAGAUUAAGAGAUGAAUGGAAUAAGCAAUAUUAAGAUUUGUAAACCGAAGUGAAAUAUUGGAAAAAUGAAAUGGAUAAAGUAAUAAUGGAAAACAAUCUUGUACUUUCUAAAAUAACUCCAUCAAAGAAAAAAUAUUGA